AUGGAGGGUACCGCAAAUUUGGUGGUGUAUCGCAAUGGUGAGAUAAUACGAAAUACUCAUGAGGGAGUUCGGUUUGUGUGUCAAAAUCCGUUUUCGUUUGUGGUUCCAUGCACGAUGACGUUAAUGGAGCUUCCGAAUGGUCUCUGUCAAAGCAUGGAGAACAAUACGUUAAUGAGAGUGAGCAGAAUUCUGUACCGGAAUCCGGUUAUUGUUUUUGGUGGUUUAAUACAGUUUGAUACCAUGCCAAUCACAGACGAAGUGAGUAUGCAGAAUAUGUUUCAAAUUCACCGGCAGACUCAGAUGCGACAGCCACAGAUUGAGCUGUAUGUUGAGUUUGAAACCGUAGAGGCAGAAGGGACUCAAAAUGAUUUAGAGGUGGCGGAUGAUAGAAACGCAGUGUAUGAGGGAAUGAAUAGUGACAGUGACGAGGACUUCGAAGCCACUUAUGAAGCCGGAGAUGAGGAUGAGGAUGGUGAUGUGGGAGUUGAGACAGCAGCGGAGAAUGUAGUGGCUCAUCCCUCGACCAGUCAACCGAUGAACGUGCCACGUUUUAUGCGUGAGGUGGAUCUCGACGCCAUGCAUGCACCGGAGUUUCCGGAAUAUUCAAACAUAGGCGUUGCUAAUCCUGAGGAUGGAGAGUUUCGGAUUGGAAUGGAAUACAGUUCUAGAAAGACGGUCAUGGCAGCAAUUAGAAGUUACACUAUCACUAGAGGAGUUGACUACGACGUGUAUGAGUCUGAGCCACAGACCUUCUAUGCAAAGUGCAAGAUGUAUGCGCGUGGCUGCGAUUGGCUUAUCCGAGCCAGCUUGAUAAGGAAAAAAUGUUGUUGGGAGAUACGCAGAUACAACGGUCGGCACACGUGCUCAAUGGGAGUGAUUUCACAGGAUCAUUCGAAAUUGGACUCGGAUACAGUUGCGGAGGCUAUAAGGCCAUUGGUCGAGACUGACCCGUCCAUCAAGGUGAAAUCUAUAAUAGCCGAAGUCCAGUCAAGGUUCAACUAUACCAUCAGUUAUCGAAAGGCUUGGUUGGCAAAGCAGAAAUCCAUAGCAAAGGUUUUCGGUGAUUGGGAGGAGAGUUACCAAGCCUUGCCAUGGUGGCUCUCGGUUAUGGUUCAGAAGAUGCCUGGGUCAGUUGUCCAAAUAGAAACACGACCACUGUUCAACGGGAAUGAGGAGGCGCAAGGGGUAAAAAUACUCCAUCGCGUAUUCUGGAGUUUCAAUCCAUGUAUUAGGGCAUUUAGGCAUUGUAAGCCCCUAGUUCAGGUUGAUGGCACACACCUAUAUGGCAAGUACAAAGGUACACUUCUGGUCGCUGUUGCACAAGACGGGAACCAGAACAUUGUGCCUAUCGCUUUUGCCUUGGUGGAAGGGGAGACAGCCGACGCGUGGCACUUCUUUCUGAGGAAUCUGCGAAUGCAUGUUGUAAGAAAAGAUGGUGUGGGAAUGAUCUCAGACCGGCAUGAGUCAAUUCGGGCAGCAGUGAAUCGUUCCGGAGGUGACUGGCAACCUCCAAGAGCAUGGUGGAUGUUUUGUAUAAGGCACAUCGGCAGCAACUUCCUACGAGCAUUCAAAGUCCCUCACUUGCAAAAGCUUGUGGUCAACAUCGGGUAUUCAAGAACGGUGGAAGAGUAUAACAUCAACUAUAAAAGGUUGGAAGAGCGAGGCGAGGCAUAUGCCAGGUGGUGCGACGACAUCGGACUUAGACAUUGGGUACUGGCGUUCGACGAGGGACAUCGAUGGGGCCAUAUGACGACGAACCUUGUCGAGUGCAUUAACUCAGUGUUAAAGGGUGCCCGUAAUUUACCUGUGUUGGCACUAGUCCGAGCAACAUAUUGUCGGCUAAAUGAACUUUUUACGCGGAAGAGUGCCGAGAGUCACGAACGCAAGCGUGCUGGAUUUACCUAUUCCGCAUUUGCACAACAGCGGAUUGAGGCAAAUAUGCAUCAGGCUGGGAAUAUAGUUGUGCACCGGUUUGACAGACGGAAUGAGCGUCUCGAUUGGCAGCUGUAUGUGCAUGAUGUGUACAAGAUGACAGAGAUCCGUAAGGUAUAUAGAUUCGAGUUCACACCGUUAGGUGAUGCCGAGACAUGGCCUGAUUAUGAGGGACCCACAUUGGUCGCUAAUCCUGCCCUGAGGCGAACGUCGAAGGGUCGCCCGAAAUUGACCAGAUACUUGAACGAAAUGGACUCACGCGACAUGCGUGGUCCUCGGAUAUGUCGUCUCUGUGGUGCUCAGGGUCAUAGUCGGAGUCGAUGUCCUCAGCGUCCUGGACCGAGUGGUGCGGGAGUUUAG